CUCUCUCUCUCUCUCUCUCUCUCUCUCUCUCUCUCUCUCUCUCUCCCUACUCUAUAAUUAAAAUUAGAAAAAGAAAUUAACUAUAAUUAAAAUUAGAAAAAGAAAUUAAAAGGUAAAAAUGGCGACACAAAUAACUGCUGUUUGUGAAUUGACGAGGGACGUCCAAGUGGGCACGAUUCAAUUUCAGAAGCAGCUUGGAAGCCACGUACCCCUUCACUGCAUCACAGCUCUGCUCUUCCCCUUUUGAUUAAUUUGUCCUUUUUCAUUCUGCCGGUUAAAAUAUCAGAGAAGCAGCGAAAGACAUCCAAAAUCUCUCUCUCCCUCUGAAUUCCGAAGCUCACUCUGCUUUAAUUUGCUUUCGCUUUUGCUUACACUGAAAGCAAAAGCAAAAGCAAAGUCAGUAAUACACAGCAAUAAGCUAUAAUCUGCCCCCCCCCCCCCCCUCUUUUUCCAACUGAAUUCGAUCUUCACAUCUCUUUAAUUCCUCUUCAAAUGAAGUAGCUCCGGAGACAGAGGUGCCGAAAGCAAAAACAGAGUGCCCAAUUCGUAGAAUUUCUCCACAUUGAGAGACGGAGAGAUGGAGAAGAUAUACUGGGCACGCCUGGGCCACCUGUUCGUGACGGUGUUCUUGUCGAGCUUCGCCGGAUUCAUGGUGAUUCCGGCGAUUACCGACGUCACCAUGGCUGCUCUCUGCCCCGGCCAGGACGAGUGCUCCCUCGCAAUUUUCCUCUCAGGAUUUCAACAGGCGAUAAUAGGGUUGGGAAAUCUGGUGGUAAUGCCAAUAAUAGGAAAUCUAUCAGACAGGCAUGGAAGGAAAGCUCUGUUGACUCUGCCCAUGACCAUCUCCAUUGUCCCUCUUGUUAUAUUGGCAUAUAGCAGGACGACAAACUUCUUCUAUGCAUACUAUGUGCUCAGGACCAUAACUGCCAUGGUCUGUGAAGGCAGUAUGAACUGCCUAGCUCUUGCUUAUGUGGCAGACAACAUUUCUGAGACACAACGGGCAUCGGUAUUUGGGGUUCUGUCUGGGGUAGUUUCAGCCUCGUUUGUCUGUGGAACUUUAACUGCUCGCCUUCUCUCCCCGGCUCGUAUUUUUCAGGUUGCUGCAGCUGUGUCCAUGCUUGCUGCUGUGUACAUGAGAAUUUUCCUCAAGGAUACAGCAUGUGAGAUUGAUGCUUCAAUGCAGCCAAUCUUGAAGAGCAGACAGGAUACCAUUGAAACCCAUGACAAUUCAUCUGAGAAAAUCAAGGCCUUUAAGAAUAUCCCACCUCCCAGUGAUCUGAUACGCUUGCUGAAGAGUAGCGUGACAUUUUCACAGGCUGCAAUCGUCAUGUUCUUUAACAGUCUGUGUGAAGGUGGACUUCAGGCUUCAUUAAUGUAUUUCUUGAAGGCCAGGUUUCACUUCAACAAAGAUCAAUUUGCUGAUAUAAUGCUAGUUGUCGGGGUUGGAGGGACAGUUUCACAGCUGCUAUUUAUGCCCAUGCUGGCUCCAUAUGUAAGGGAGGAGAAGUUGCUUUCCUUGGGCCUCUUCAUUGGAACUAUAAAUUUGGUACUAAACAGCGUAGCAUGGUCAGUUUGGGUUCCAUAUGCCGUUGCUGCCUUCUCUGUUUUUGUUGUAUUUACAACCCCAUGUAUUCGAAGCAUAGCUUCCAAACAAGUUGGACCGGAUGAGCAGGGAAAAGCUCAAGGAUGCAUUUCAGGCAUAAGUUCCUUUGCCAACAUCAUCUCUCCUUUGAUGUUUAGUCCACUAACAGCUUUGUUUCUAUCCGAAGGAGCACCCUUUAACUUCCCUGGCUUCAGCAUACUAUGCAUCGGAGUGGUGUCGUUGGUUGCCUUAAUUCAAAGUCUGAUGAUACGAGCUGCUCCAAUUCCGAGCAACGACAACUGCGCAGAUGCCUAAUCACUAAAUCAACCUUUUGUUCCUAUAGAAUCCUAAUGCACAUGUAUAAAUAUCACUAGAACAAGAGCAACUUAUGGUUUUUCCAACACUUCCAUGCAAUACUUCGACAGUUUUUAGGAACCCGUCUGCCAAGAAUUCUCCAAGGUUGAGUGCAGUGGGAAAAAUGGCAUGCUUUUCUUUUUUGGGUCAAGAGUUAUCUCCAACCACAUCUGUAAAAUUAAGCAAGUCAAGCUAAAGGUUCAAACUCCUUAAUUGAGACUUUUUUUUCUUCA